AUGGCGCCGUCUCGUCCGCCUUUCUUACGCCCAACACCAGCGCCUUAUACAUGCUCUCCGCUCUACAAAGGUCGGCCACCACCGGCCAAGGUCACGAAAGAAGCACGCCGUGCUCCAGUCUCGGACUCCAAGAGAACUUACCGGCUCACUGCGAUGACUACAAGAUCUUUUAACGAGUUCACGUGUAUUACGAAAGGCGCAUAUGUGCGUCUACUGGAGGUUGAUGGAACAAGCAUGCGGGACAACAACGAGGUAGUUCACACGGAAAAAAUCGAACGUUUUUACUAA